AUGUCCGACAGACGCAACAGCUCCACUAGCCAGCACUCCCUCAUCAGCUACCACAGCGUCGACGUCGACCACACCCCAAGUCCCAGCCGCAGCCGCAGCCAUAGCCCCGAACGCCUCCCCGAUCCAGUCCCCUACAACUCGCCCAACGACAGCGAGUCGCAGGCAACGCCCGGCCGCGGCACUCCGCACCGCGUGCACUUCGGCUCGGACCUGCGCUUCGAAUAUGACGGCCAGCACGACACCACCGAGACGGAUCUGUCCGCGGACGAGCGCACCCAGCAGGCGGCGGCGGGCGCCCACGGCUCCGUGGACAUCACGGACGUGACCCGCGGCCGGGCCAGCACGGAGCGUCCUAGCUCCAGCGACAGCCCCAAGGGCUCGGGCUCGGGCUCGCCGGCCCAGAAACGGAGCUCUCCGGGUCGGUCCGCCAUGCCCGGGGCGUCGUUCUUCGACCGCAUGAACAGCCUGCGGCACCGGACGAAGGCCAAGGCGCGCCGGCUCGCGGCGCAACUGGGCCGCCCGCUGUCAGACGAGAACGACCUGCAGCCGACGCAUGAGCCGGAGCUGGAUGAGUCGCAGGCUGCAGACGGGGAACAUGAUGCUCACGACGAGAAGCGGCCGGAGCAUGACUCGCUGACGUCCGAGGCGCAUCGGCUGGUCCGCCAGCUCACCGAGGACCGCUCGACGCGGCGACGCAUGUCGCAGGCGCAGCCGAAUGCGUUGACUGCGCAGGGCCCGGAGUAUGCGGGCGAGGAGCUCGCGCUCGAUCCGCGACUCCAGCGGACGGAGAGUCACGGCGGCGGCGGGAUCCUCUCGCAGCUGUUGCGGUUGAAUGCGGCGCUCGACGCCCAGCGCCGGUCCAGCCGCAGCCAGUCACCGUCGGAGUCCGCGACGCCGGGGACGACGACGCCGCGGAAACUCAAGUGGUACAAGAAGAAGGGGGGCAACCUGUCGACGUCGACGCUGGUCGGGGGCGUCGGCGGCGGCGGGAGCUACAGCGGGGCCAGCACACCGGUCUCCAGCGAGGUGUUGACGGCCGCGUCCAAGCGACGCAGCAAGGAGCAGCGGUCCGGCAUGCGGCUCGAAGACGAGAUCCAGGUGACGCUUCAGAUCGCGCAGAUCAUCGCCCGCCAGCGCUAUAUCAUGCAGCUGUGCAAGGCGCUCAUGUUGUUCGGGGCGCCGACGCACCGGCUCGAGGAGUAUAUGCAGAUGACCGCCCGCGUCCUCGAGGUCGACAGCCAGUUCCUGUACGUCCCGGGGUGUAUGAUCAUGUCGUUUGACGACCCGUCGACGCGCACGGCGGAGGUGAAGCUGGUCCGCGUGGGCCAGGGCAUCGACCUCGGCCGGCUGGCCGACACGCACAACAUCUACAAGAACGUCGUGCACGAGGUCAUCGGCAUCGAAGAGGCCAUCCACGAGCUGGAGGAGAUCAUGCGCAAGCGCCCGCGGUUCAACAAAUGGAUCAUCGUGCUGGUGUACGGUCUCGCAACGGCCACCGUCGGUCCCUUCGCGUUCAACGCGCGGCCCAUCGACAUGCCCAUCAUCUUCUUCAACGGCUGCCUCCUCGGCAUCAUGCAGCACGUUAUCGCCCCGCGCAGCGUGCUCUACUCCAAUGUCUUCGAAGUGUCCGCCGCGGUGCUGACGUCGUUCAUCGCCCGCGCCCUCGGCAGCAUCAUGACUGACAUCCACGGCCAGCGCGAGUACCUCUUCUGCUUCUCCGCCAUCGCGCAGUCCUCCAUCGCGCUCAUCCUCCCCGGCUACACCGUCCUCUGCAGCAGUCUGGAGCUGCAAUCGCACCAGAUAGUCGCCGGCUCCAUCCGCAUGGUCUACGCCAUCAUCUACUCCCUCUUCCUCGGCUUCGGCAUCACCGUCGGCACGACCAUCUACGGGCUCAUCGACAAGAACGCCAUCUCAUCCACGACUUGUCCGGCGCCCGGCGCCUUCAAAAACCCCUACGUGCAGCGGUUCCCGUUCGUAGUGGCUUUCGCCGUGUGUCUGAUGGUCGUGAACCAGGGGAAAUGGCGGCAGACGCCGAUGAUGGUGACGAUUGCGCUGGCGGGGUAUGUGACGAACUUCUUCGUGACGCGGCGGCUGGGGUCGAAUUCGCAGGUCGCGAGCACGGUGGGUGCGUUCGCGAUUGGGGUUAUUGGCAAUUUGUAUAGUCGGCUGUGGCAUGGCCAUGCGGCAACGGCGAUCUUGCCGGGGAUAUUCGUGCUGGUGCCGUCCGGGCUGGCGGCGUCUGGGACAUUGAUUGCCGGGGUGCAAUCCGCGGAUGAGAUUCGGUCGAACGUGUCCAGCAGUAGUGCGAAUCGAAGUUCAAAUAAUGGUGGAAGUACGCAGGGUCACUCAGUGGACCUGUCGUCGCAGGUGCUGGGGUUCGGUAUGGUGCAGGUGGCCAUUGCCAUCACGGUUGGGCUGUUUGUGGCGGCGCUGGUGGUGUAUCCGUUUGGCAAGCGUCGCACUGGGCUGUUCAGUUUCUAA